AUGCACAUACUAGUAACCAACGAUGAUGGCCCGCCGUCUCCAACCUCGUCUCCCUAUGUGCAUAGUCUAGUCCGUGAGCUUCAAAAGAGAGGACAUACCGUCUCUGUAUGCCUGCCGCACACCCAACGCUCAUGGAUCGGGAAGGCACACAUGAUCGGCCAGACCGUAAAGCCGCUCUACUACAAGCCAUCCGCAACCUUCGAUCCGUCCCCCAGUGCUGCCUCCCAAGUACAAGGUGCCACAUAUCCACGCCCGAACAAGAAUAAUAAUGAAGAGGAAUGGAUCCUCGUAGAUGGUACACCCGCCAGCUGCGCUCAGAUCGGCCUACAUCAUUUUUUUCAGGAAAAGGGACCCAUCGAUCUCGUAGUGUCAGGACCCAAUUAUGGCCGGAAUACUACAGCUGUAUUCGCUCUGAGCUCAGGGACACUAGGUGGAGCACUUGAGGCAGCUGUUUGUAGGAAAAAGUCCAUCGCCAUAAGCUACGGCUUCUUUAGCCGCAACCACGAUUCUUUGAUUAUUGACGGCGCUUCUCGGCACAGCGUUCGCAUCAUCGAGAAGCUGUAUGCCGAAUGGCCGACGGAUAAGAGCGUCGAUCUAUACUCGGUCAACGUCCCUCUAGUCGAAGAUGUCGAGAAUCACAAAACAUUAUGGACGGAAAUGUUGCAGAAUUAUUGGGGCGCGGACGGAGCAUGCUUCGAGGAGGUCGAGGGAAGUAUUGGAGACGAGGAUGAGGAAGAAGUGCGGAUACGGGAGGGCGAGGAGGUAAAGGCUUCUUCUAGUGAUCUUCAGUCGAAAGAGAACAGCGAUGUUGGUCAGAAUGGUCAGACACGAUAUCCGCACAGGCAUUUCAAGUGGGCGCCUCGCUUCACGGACGUGCAUAAGAGCGUCGAAGAGUCGCUACCCGGAAACGAUGGGUGGGCGGUAAAGGAGGGUUUCACGAGUGUAACGCCAUUGAAGGCAAAUUUCUGGCAUGCGGCAGCGCACCUACAUGGAGAGGAGUUGACAUUAAAUGAGUCAAGGUCUCAAGAGAUGACCAUGUCCUCGUCAACUUUGAUAUAUCGGCCUAAAAGGCAUUUCUAUGCCUUAAUCGCCUACGAGGACCCAUAUGUCCAACCCCUGAUAUUAUCUGCGUUGCAAAAGCUCUUCCCACCCGAGGCGUACACACUGCUCUCGGUUCCCGAAUCUCAGAUUCCAGGUGAACCAGUGUCACUAAGCAAUUUAUUUCCGGACAAUGGCAACACCCGCGUGUUACAAAUCACACCCUACGAAGCUAUUGACUGGGACUACGUAACAUCACACCCAGAGACUUGCUUAGUAAAUAGCUACAUGCUACGUAAAGCGCUGAUCCGAAAACACUACCUGUCCGCAACGGUUGAGCACUGGGUAGCGAAGCGGCCACAGACGGUACUAAAGACGCAUGUCAAACGCAGCGAGGCGUUCGAGCUCGACUAUGCCGAGUUCCUCGAUGAUGCUCUCGUUGAGGCGUUUGACUUGCGCGCUAGCUUGGAAAAGAACGCGGCUGCGGAACCAAACCACGAGACGGAAUGGUGGAUUCUCAAGCCGAGCAUGAGUGAUAGGGGUCAGGGCAUUCGGUUGUUCAGCACGAUGGAGGAGCUUCAAGGUAUAUUUGACGAGUGGGAGGAAGACCUUCCAGAUUCCGAUGAUGACGCAGAGGACGACGACGAAGAAGGGGCAGGUGGUAAAAGGAAUGGCAACGAUGCCGCUGAGCGAGACUACAUAACGACGUCGCAUCUUCGUCACUUCGUGGCCCAGCCGUAUAUUCACCCACCCCUCCUCCUACCAGACGACAACCGCAAGUUCCACAUCCGCACGUACGUUGCGUGUAUCGGUAGUCUAGAUGUGUACGUCUACAGACAGAUGCUUGCCUUGUUCGCAGGAAAGCCGUACGCUGCCCCUCAAACCACUACCCAUGACACGUCACCCAUCGACCUCGAGGCCCACCUCACCAACACCUGUCUCCAGCGCUCCGUGAGCGAAGGCACAGUCCAGCGGUUCUGGGACCUGCCCCUCGAUUCCCAACUAACAGAAGACAUCUUCAAGCAGAUAUGCGAGGUCACCGCCGAGGCGUUCGAGGCUGCUGUUCGCGCUAUGCAGAUGCACUUCCGGCCCCUCCCGAACGCGUGGGAGAUCUUUGGGCUUGACUUUUUGGUGGAUGCGCAGGGAAGGGCGUGGCUGCUGGAGGUUAAUGCGUUCCCGGAUUUCAAGCAGACGGGUGGUGAGCUUAGUGCGCUGGUGCAAGGCUUGUGGGAGGAGGUGCUAAAGAGGGCUGUUGGGGGGUUCUUUAUGGAGGGAGAGGGAGAGGAGGAGGAGAAGGAAGUGGGUGGGAGGAAGGAAGGCGAGGAGUUGGUGUUGGUUAGACGGGUGGAGCUGGGAUGGUAG